CAGCGUCUGAAGAUGUGGGGUAGGGGUGACGGUUAAAGAAGUCGCCCCAGGCUGCGGCGCGGGUGAUGUCAGCUCUGGACAAAAAUAGAGAGGGAUCGCCUGCAAAUCCCCAGCUCCAGCGGGGCUAAACCUUGCAAUCCCUCCCGGGCCGGCGCCGAGCCAGGGCGCAGCGGCCUCCACCGCCUCCCCCGGCGCGCACACACCAGCACACGCGCACGCACGCACACACUCCCCCGCACUCCCGGUCUUCCCGGGUGUCUCUAGGUGCGGGCCACUCGCCGCACCAGUUUGCUCCGCGGUGAAGCAUACACAGGUGGCGGCUGGAAGGCAGGGAACGCGUUCCUGCAGCUCUGCAGCCGGGGCGCUCCAGCAGGAGCCAGUGUGGGAUCCCCGCAGAGCCUCUCGGAGCGCUGGCCGCGAGCCGCGGACGGGAACGCGGACCGCGCUUCGUGGAUUAGCGCCCGCAGCAGCCUCCCGCGCGCCGAGGCGCUAAAGGGCUUACCCAGGAGGGGGGUGCGAGGGCGGGGAGAGGCUGCCCGUUAAAUACCGCUCCCCGCCGCACUCCGGGCUCACCCAGCUCGCCGCCACCGUCGCCAGACCGUGCCCGGGAGGAGGGGGCGUUCCCCACGCCAUGGCAUCAACGGAAGGUGCCAACAAUAUGCCCAAGCAGGUGGAAGUGCGCAUGCACGACAGCCACCUCAGCUCUGAGGAGCCUAAGCACCGAAACCUGGGUCUGCGCAUGUGCGACAAGCUGGGGAAGAACCUCCUGCUGUCACUGACGGUGUUUGGUGUUAUCCUGGGGGCAGUAUGUGGCGGGCUGCUUCGCCUGGCGUCUCCCAUCCACCCCGAUGUGGUCAUGUUGAUAGCCUUCCCGGGGGACAUACUCAUGAGGAUGCUGAAGAUGCUCAUCCUCCCUCUCAUCAUCUCCAGUUUAAUCACAGGCUUGUCAGGCCUGGAUGCUAAAGCCAGUGGCCGCCUAGGUACGAGAGCCAUGGUAUAUUACAUGUCCACGACCAUCAUUGCCGCUGUGUUGGGAGUCAUCCUGGUGCUGGCCAUCCACCCUGGCAAUCCCAAGCUCAAGAAGCAGCUGGGGCCUGGGAAGAAGAACGACGAGGUGUCUAGCCUGGACGCCUUCCUGGAUCUCAUUAGAAACCUCUUCCCGGAGAACCUGGUGCAAGCCUGUUUCCAACAGAUUCAGACAGUGACAAAGAAAGUCCUGGUGGCACCUCAGGCCGAGGAGGCAAAUACAACCAAGGCGGUCAUCUCCAUGUUGAAUGAAACCAUGAACGAGGCCCCUGAAGAAACUAAGAUCAUUAUAAAGAAGGGCCUGGAGUUCAAAGAUGGGAUGAAUGUCUUGGGUCUGAUAGGGUUCUUCAUUGCUUUCGGCAUUGCCAUGGGGAAGAUGGGCGAGCAGGCCAAACUGAUGGUGGAGUUCUUCAACAUCCUGAAUGAGAUCGUAAUGAAGUUAGUGAUCAUGAUCAUGUGGUACUCCCCGCUGGGUAUUGCCUGCCUGAUCUGUGGGAAGAUCAUCGCCAUCAAGGACUUAGAAGUGGUUGCUAGGCAACUGGGGAUGUACAUGAUCACAGUGAUCGUGGGCCUCAUCAUCCAUGGGGGCAUCUUCCUCCCCUUGAUUUACUUUGUGGUGACCAGAAAAAACCCGUUCUCCUUUUUUGCUGGUAUUUUCCAAGCCUGGAUCACUGCCCUGGGAACAGCUUCCAGUGCUGGGACUUUGCCUGUCACCUUCCGUUGCUUGGAAGACAAUCUAGGGAUUGAUAAGCGUGUGACCAGGUUUGUCCUCCCGGUUGGAGCAACCAUCAACAUGGAUGGUACAGCCCUUUACGAAGCCGUGGCCGCCAUCUUCAUAGCCCAGAUGAAUGGUGUCAUCCUGGACGGAGGGCAGAUUGUGACCGUAAGCCUCACAGCCACCCUGGCGAGCAUCGGUGCAGCCAGUAUUCCCAGUGCCGGGUUGGUCACCAUGCUCCUCAUCCUAACUGCUGUGGGCCUGCCAACGGAGGAUAUCAGUCUGCUGGUGGCGGUGGACUGGCUCUUGGACAGGAUGAGAACUUCAGUCAAUGUUGUGGGUGACUCUUUUGGGGCUGGGAUCGUCUAUCACCUCUCCAAGUCUGAACUGGAUACCAUCGACUCGCAGCACCGAAUGCAUGAAGACAUCGAAAUGACCAAGACGCCGUCGAUUUACGACGACACGAAGAACCAUAGGGAAAGCAACUCUAAUCAGUGUGUCUAUGCUGCACACAACUCUGUCAUCAUAGACGAGUGCAAGGUAACUCUGGCGGCCAAUGGAAAGUCAGCUGACUGCAGUGUUGAGGAAGAGCCUUGGAAACGUGAAAAAUAAUGACCUGAAUCUCAGCCAAUUCUUGAAUAAACUCCCCAGCGUAUCUUAUGGUAAAAGAUGCUCUAAACAGGCUUCCUUUGCGAAAGGAAAAAUGCAUAUAUUUCUAUGUUUACUUAAUCUGUUAGCCGAGGCUUAGAGGAGUUGUUGUGCACCGUGAUGACAGGCACCGUGCUGUGUCUUUGCCAAAUAAUGCUUCAUAACUGUCUAAUUUUCUUACUUGUGUUACUGUCUGGAUGGAUGCUCCUGGAGAAACCACUUUGAACAGAAGACACGUUCUUGCGAGCUUCCCUGUGUCUCGAUGCAGACCUGUGUACGCUGUUUCCCCAGGGAGACAGGAUGAAAGCAGUGUGGUACACGCCAGGGACUGGAGACAGUGAGCACACGCAGUAUGGUAUUCCUUAAAGUGUUCAUGGCUCACCUUGUUCUGCACUAAAGAUUCUGCUAGAAGCCUCUAGAAGUUCCUCCUCUCCAACCUGUAGAGUCAGCACCUGCGUUGAGCUGAAGCAUCUGUUGUAGGGAACUCUGACGACUUACAAUUUGGGUACUAUCUAAGUUAAAUGUUUCAGAGUUUCAGUGGGUACCCAUACUCUUGGAAGGCAGGUGACCCUGGAGCCUAUCACAGCUGCUCUGCCUUCUAUGUGUGUGUGUGUGUGUGUGUGUGUGUGUAGAUGAAAAAUGGGGAAUUUAAAAUUUGAAAAUGAACUAGGAAUUAUCUGCACGUAACUACUACAUACCUUGAGAAAAGUAGGAGAACAUAGUCAAUCUAACUUUUAACCAGACUUAAAUAUUCAAGCACACUUGUUUGAUUUGCAUUCAGACAGUAGAGUGAAGUUGUGUGAUCGUCUGAUCUGUUUGCAUUUGUUCCACGCAUAAGAUUCUCAUUUGAGUUCCUAACAAAAAGAUUUUCAAUAUCCAAAUUGCUUCCAUCACACUCUAAUCCGUCUACAUUGCUGAGCAUUUUAGCUUCCUCACACAGAGGGACACAUGUUGACUAUGCCUCUUUUCGUAUCAUUUUGAUAUAUAACAUGUAGAAAGUGUUCCAUUUUAUAAAGGGCCUGAAAACCAUCCCAAGACACAAAAGCAUUCUUCCUCUUCAGUGAGAAAGGAACAGCAAGCCAACCUCUAUAUAAAACCCUGUAAAGGUGAUAUUCCCAAGACAGAGUGCAGGCAGCCUCAAAGCAUCAAGUAGGGACAAGGAAUGACUCCACACGACCUCCCAGGUAGAAUCCUUUCCAAGGGCUGUGAAAGUCUGAAGGAAGAAAUAGUAUAAUUGGCACAGCAUGGUGGUUUGCCUGUGAUAUGCAGCCAAUGAAUCCUUAAUGAUCAGUUGUGCAAGCUAAAAUUCUGUCUCCACUAUUAUCUUCUGAUGAAUAACCCACAGUAUUUUCCUAAGAUUCCUGGGUUUAAGGGUGAGCUGGGAACUUGAGUAACCGAGAAACAGAACACAUUUGACUCUAAAGAGCAGAUAGAACCUGGUCUAUAGGUCAAAGUACAUACGUCUUCCGAGGCCAAUAGAGCUGGGGAGACUUUCAUAAAUAAGAGUAGGAUACAGUGUCUCUGACAAAGGGUACUGCGACAUUGUCUCUCUUUGAGUUCUGUGACUUCUCUCCUUCAAAUCAGACAGCUUGGAAACAUACAAAAGACAACAGAUUCCUGGGUUUUGUUUGUUUGUUUGUUUGUUUUAUUUUGUUUUAAUCUCAUAAACCUUAAUUGUUUUUAAACAAGGACCACCAUGGAGCAGUAUUAACUGAAUUAUUUAUUUAUUUUUUCGGUUUGGUUUUUGGCUUUUGAAACAAGGUCUUGCUGUGCAGCCCAGGCUAGCUUCAAACUCACAGCCUUCCUGCUCAGCCUCAGUUCUAAGAUGGGCACCAGCGUAUCAGCUGGCAGAUGGUUUUUGAGGGCUGUUUGUUUUCACCUUCAUUUGAAGGACAGUUAGCAGGGUAGCUAUGACAGGCAAUGAAUCCCUUAUAGAAGACAAGAGGGACCAAGAUGACAGUCUUUGGUGUAGCCGUGGAACUGUUCCAGAUAGCCUGAAAGUGGUACCCACUACUCCCGUAGGAAAUGCUUUCCUACCUGUGUAGAUGUAUCUAGGGAAGGCAUCCAGGAGCAUGCUGGGUUUUGCUAUGUGUGUUGGGGGACGUCUUUCCAUACAAUGGUUCUCCCCAGAUCGUUACUUAUACAUUGACCUUUUCUCAAAAGCAGUCACAUGAUGACAAUGUGUGCUGUCGUUUCAUAGUCUGCCUGAAAACCUUUCUAGUUUGCUUUGUCUUCAGCUUGUCCCUAGCUGUCCCAUCAACCUAUGUCAGAGGGCAGUGAUUUUAGGAGAGCCAAGGGACACUGCUUCCCUAGUCGGGUUUUGCUGAUUUCAGAUUACAUACCUGGUCUCACAAGAAUUGUAGAUCUGAAUGUCCAGUCUCUUAUGUGUAGUUCUCUCUCUCUCUCUCUCUCUCUCUCUCUCUCUCUCUCUCUCUCUCUCUCUCUCUCUCUCUCUCUCUCUCUCUCCCUUUCUCUAAAACACACACACACACACACACUGAAUGUGUCAUCACAUACACUAAAUCUAGGGAGGUUUGUAUUUUGGUACUUUGGUAGCCCUAUUCCUUAAAUGGAUUCAGUUGUUACUUGUUAGGAAACAAAAUCAUUUCAGAAGCAAACCAACCAAGCAGACAUUCAGCCUUCCAUUUCUCAUCCUUUCCCUUUGAGAAGCAAGAGGAAUUAAUAUUCAGCUAUUGAGUAAAACCCAGCAAAGCCAAUCCAGUCAGUGAAUAAGAUGAUUGUUUUGAAGGUAGUGUUUAACCUUAGAUUUCUGAGGGUAGCCUCUCCAUAUACAGUCAUCAGGAUAUAAGCACACAAAACCUCAGUAAAGGCCUGGAGGUGAUUUUAGGACCACAAGGUUACAACCAGAUUCUGUUUUUUACUUCCUGUUGGGUAUAGCAAAAGCCUGUGUGGUCCCAUUGCCUGUAGAAUUUUCAUGCUCCAUAGAAGACAAAUGGCCUCUUCUCUCUCUAGUCAGCUUGGACAGUCAAGAGUGAAAGGCUACUGAAAUGUCCCUGGAUGGAGACUAAGAAAGCAGAGAAGUGGGUAGGAAGAAUUCAGUGUAGGGGACAGUUUCUGCAAGGGGAUGCUGGGAGUCUCAAUGGUCAGCUGACCAGGUCUCGGGUAAUUUCCUGUGAUGGCUGGAAAAUCAUGCCGCAUGCAGAUACAAUUAUCUAGAGGACCUCUCUCACUGAGAUAUUGGGAAACUUAUCUCUGGGGUCCUCAGAAAAAAAACCCAAUCCUGCCUUGAUUUGCAAAUAAUCUCCCGUUUGUCCUCCAAAGCAAAUCACUCUAACUUUUUGGUUUUGUCAGGACCCAGGCUCUCGCUUUUGCGUGAUUUCUCUCAUGCAGCAGAGCAAUAAAUCCAAACAGGAGUUCCCACACUUGUGACUCGGGUAGACAAGUCUGAGCAGCUCUGACCUUUGAUGACUGAGACUGCAGCAGUUACAGCCCAGGGGCAGCUCACCCAGCUUCUGCUCUCUGUCGUGGGCUUCACACUUUUGCUUAUUUUCCAGCCUAAUUCGUGAUAAACCGAGAAGAAGGACCAGAUGGGAUUUUCCCAUAUUGGGAUACUUACGGGACCCCAGGGCCAAGGACUGUAGGAAGAUACAGUGUCUCAAGUGAGGGUUUCCUAAAUCAAGUUGUCACUGAAUAUUCAUGGUCUUGGCAUCUGUAGAAAUUUCUGGCUAUACCCAAAAGAAGGGUCACUGCGUGCCAACCAAGUCAGGUGGCAAAAGUGACAGCUAUCUUUUCGCGGGUGGAGUGAUAUAAAAUCUGCUCAAAAACACCCAUCGGUUUAGGAAUUUCCCUAAAACUCUCUUCCCAGUUCACUGCUCUCUUCCUUUCUUUCCAUCCCAUUGCUCAACAGUCAGGGUGGUAAAUAAAUGAUCAUGUAGUUAUGUGGGGGUUGGCCGGGGAGGAGACAGCAGAUCUUAACUGAGUAAUAUCCAGUCUCACUGCCUAAACCAUAAUUAGGCAACGGCACAGGGAUGCUUAAAAACAACGUGGUUUGGGAGAGGAAACAUUUGAUUUAGACACUGCCUCCUUGUAGCUGGGUGGCUUACACAGGCCACUGUCCGUCAGUGCUUCUCUCGCUUCCAUAUGAGAAGGAAAGGGAUUGGACCAAAUGACUAAAGUCUAGCUCUGCGCAUGUACUUUUCUGAUCUCUACUUUACUCUCUUUAAUCUUCAGAGGCUUCCUGGUCUAAAGCAUGGCUUAUUUGCAUUUUAAGUUGUAAAAACCCACAAUAACGAAUAAUUGGUUUAGAUGUCCCUCCCCCCCCCCCCGCAUUCCCUUUGGGCGACUCCAGCUCAAGCCUCUAUUCAUCCCAUCCUUUACAAAUAAGCUUGGAGAGCUACCAUUUUAACCCAUACUUUAACCCACGGUAAAUUUUUUUUUGAAAGAUUCCUUUAACCUAAACUCACUGUUCUCACAGGAGCGGCCAUUCUGCCCAGGGAAAUCCUCUGCAGAGUCACGGUGAGGGACCAGACACCUCACAGAUGCUCUUGGGCUCUUGCAUCAUGCCUGCUGUGGCAACAGAGCUCACUCCAAAUACUCAGCCCACACCAUUUUCCCCAAACAGCCCUAAUUGCCAAACCUGUGUGGGAACUUGGGAGGCUCUGGCAAACAAGCUUGAACACUCCUGACAUUUGGUGCGAGAUUCACACAACCACAGCAACCAUCUCCACGUACCUUUCCCUCCACAUGCGUGCCGUGCAGGCGUAUACAUCUAUUCCUGAGCCAGGGAGCCACACCUUUCCUCCAGAGGGACGUGCAGGCAGAUUUGAAAGUUUCCCUCUUGGUUUGCUUGCAUAAUGGACAGAACAUUGUAGGGACGGACGCCGUCACUUAUAAGAGGGGUGUUUUCCCGUUUGCUCGAGCCCUUUCCUGUGUCUCUAGUUAGGAUGUUGUAAGCCCACUUACCCUCUCCGGUUCUGUUGUAAUAGGCCAUAGCUUGCGUGUUUGCCCUCUGACCAAAUUUCUGCUAGAGUGGAGUUGAUAUGUCUAGUGCAGUGGACAUCUUCUUGCCAGAAAAGAUUUCAGCUCUUCAGAUUUGGGCAUGCAAGAUGAAAACGAGGUCUAAAAGGGUUACCUUUUGCUGGUGGUAGUGAUGGUGGUUGGGUGUCCCAUAUCCAUCCCCCUGUCCCCCACCACCACCCCUACCCCAGCCUUGAGGUAGCAGAAGACCGGGAGCAGAGGAGAGAGAUAAUGUUUCUUAACUGACCCAUUUGAGGUCGCUGUCGAAAAGUGAGAGAUAAGGUCCCUGGGGAAUAAGGUGCACACUACCACCGGGAAUCAUUUCCCAUCAGCAUUUUUUUUCCUAUGCCAUCUUCCAGUCUUGUUUUAUUUUUUAUCCUGUGACCCAGUUACCCAUUCUGGUAUUUUUAAAAGUCUUUCUGGUUGUAUUUUGAGGAGUUUCUGUGCCGAGAACAAAAUCUACUGUUGGAAUAGACCUGUUCUCUGCAGAGCCAGUAUGUAACCUAGACAAUGGGUUCCUCUGGAGACACCCCCAAUCCCUGGAUGAGCUUUGGAACCUGACAACGACUGUUAUCCUUGUUACCAUCCUCUGGGACAUGGGCAUGAUGCAGUCAGAGCCUUGCUGCUUCUGGGCUCUGUUUCUCCUCGUGGCAACUAUUUACUCUGCCUGGAAACAGCCCGCUGCCUUUCCUAGGGGACAGAUACACCACAAGCCAAGGAAGUUGAUCAAACAUAUCCCUAAGGUUCCUCCCUGCUGGAGCAAAUUCUCUGAAACACAGUCAGAAACUCGGCUCCCUGGUGACUUAAUCCUCCAUAUUUCCCUUCCUGUCUUAAGAGUCUUUGGUACCCAGAUUCUUCUACGGCUCACCUCAGCUUUUUCCCCUUCCUUCCUUCCUUCCUUCCUUCCUUCCUUCCUUCCUUCCUUCCUUCCUUCCUUCCUUCCUUCCUUCCUUCCUUCCUUCCUUCCUUCCUUCCUUCCUCUGUGAGAGCUCAGCAUCCCACCUUCACGCUGCACAUCACACUCAGAUCAUCUGGUCAUAUAGAGAUUUGUAUAUAUGAAAACAAACCUACUUUUGAGAGAAAUUUUGUAUAUUCUUUUUCUAUUUGUUUUCUACAGCUUGAGGAGAGAGCUGGCAAACUGUGAACUGAAUUUAUCUUGAUGCCAGCAGAUAUAUUUUAGCUUCCUGGGAAGAACCUGUGUUACUAGGGACAGCAUAUUGCCCUCUGAUCAGUAUUGCACCCUAAGUCUACAAAAGCUAUUUUGGCCCAAUCUUACAUUCUUUCUUACACGAAUCCCCAAAGUUCUUUGCUAUUAUUUAUAAAGAGAAAUAUUUAUAGUCCUGGAUAUUACAAGUUUAACCUUAAUUUAGCCUUUAAUAGUAUUACGCAUGUUUAUAUCUAUUCUUCAAAAAUCGUAAAGACUCAGAGUAGGCCGAAAUAAUGUAUUUAGUAUCUGUAAUUUUUCAGACAGAUAUUUUCUUAUGAUAUUUUCUAUACAACCACAUAGAUAGAAGUGCAACUAAUUUGAGCACAAGUUACUAUAGCAAUUUAGGGUUAUCAGCUGUUUCUUGAGCAUACAGCCACAUUUGAGAAGUUUAGGAACUCGGUCCUUGACGAUGCAAUGAGUAACAUGACCUAACUAGGCACAAGGAAUUGCUCAACCCCCUUAGGUACUCAGGAUGCGCAUCUGGACAGCUAAUCCUCCAAUGCCAAGGAACGGGGAUGACUUCUCUUCUCCCGGCACUGGACCUUGCUUUCCCAAUCGACCAUUCUAAUUUUCCUUUCCCAUAAGAUAAAGGCUGGUGCUAACAGUGGGGUCUUUUCUAUAUCAGAGUCUUCUAUACAUUCCUAAACGCUUAUGUGAAAAUUGGCCUAGGAAAAUGUUGAGUAGCAAAGACUGAGGAUGAGUGGUAGGACAAGAAUUAGGGACAGGUUAGGUGCAGUUUUGAGUCUUGCCAAGCAAAACGAGAGCAAAACCUCACAUUGUUGCAUGAAUUGAACAUAUAUUUUUAAAGAAAAUUAAAGAUAACGUAUUUUUAGUACCCGGAUUUCAGAAUCCAUACUGUGUCACUGGGGGACUGGAGGUGGGAUUUAGAGGCACACUGAGUUUAUUUAGGAUAAACCCAAAUAGAUUAACCUCAGGUAGACAUCAAACUAUGUAACCUUCCCUCAAGGUAAACCAGUAGCCACGGAAAACACGCGGUGUCUUUCCUCCACCAAACACACUCUCUGAGGUGGUAGCAGGGCUAGUAUUUUGCCGUGUUUGCAAGGGUAGUCUGUUACAUAGAACACAUGCUCGCAUGUAUUUGAACCUGCUUCUCAUUAAUGAACAGAUUAGAUGUGCCCUCCACUGGCUAAGAUUGUACCUGUUUCCAAGCACAGCUAGCUGUCAGAGCAUGGCGUUCUUGUGUGUACACGCUGACACUUGGUUCACGCAUGAAGACAGUGCCUAUGCACUUUGUGUAGUGAUAAUGUAGGUAUUUGUGUGUAAUUUCAGUGAAAUGCUGUAUAGAUGUAAUUUAAUUUAAAUGUUGUUCUUGCUGUUUAUCUAAAUGCAAUAGAUAUGUUGAUUGCUGUUUGGAAUACUUUUUUUUUUGCCGUCUUGGGUAUUUUCUAGGGGUUAUUUCUCUUUCUCAAUGUAAUCUGAAGAACUUACCUGUGAAGCCUCCAUACUGAUGAUUGUUUGCAAAUCUAUGUGUUCAGCACCUUUGUAAAUACAACUCUGAGCAGGGAUAGGGUUAAAUGUGUGUCUUGCCACACAGCGAAAGGUCAUUCCAUGCCUGCAUCCUUCCCAUUCCAUGCACUGGGGAAGUUGUGGUUGUCAAGGCCGAGGGAGGUUUAGAAUGAGGACACUCAUCUCCUGUCCUCCCUCACCAGAGGGCUGGUCCUAUAGAGACAAAAGAAGGGGGGGCUCCCUCUACUCCUUGGCAUGCUCAAAUCAUGUCUUUGGGGAAGAGUCAACCUCCUGGUUGUCAGAUCUUCAUCAUGACAUGAUGCUCAUGACCUAAGAUUCUGAAGAGCCGUGUUCCCCUUGACGUCUUGAGUCAGAAAGCGAGGAUGCAUUUACUGAUUAGCUGCUGUGCAGGUGAAACCCCCUGCCCCCACCCCCCCCCCCCAAAGCACAGUCCUGGCAGCAUUGCACAUUUGUCAGAAAACAACAGAAUACUAUAAGCACAGCAAGGCCAGGGGCCAGCAGUGGCCAGGGGCCAGCCUUGGCUGCGGCAGACAGCCAACGUCUGAUGCGCUGAUCCCAAGUAUGUGACAGGAGUCUGAUCUCCCUACCCAGAAUGCCCUGCUUGCUUGUGUGAAGUGGAUGAGAAUGAGAUUAACAAGGGCAAUUUGAUGCUGAUGACCCAAACCACAUCCCUCCUCAUACUCACUGAAUACCGUGCUGUGAGCUCUGGCGUUCCCGCAGCCCCUCCUUCUUUCAGAGAUGAUGAAGAUGUGAAGUUCAUUCAUUUCCAGUGGCUGCUCCAGAUAUGUGGAGUGAGGGGAUGUGGUGUCUGGGUCCUUCAAAUUCUGGAUGAGAACUGGACUGAAGGGAAAGUAGACUGUAGGCAGGAUUAAUGGUGUCCCUCAAGUUCACAGUCCCUGCUAGUCUGGUGUCAUGUAGCAUAGUGUAUCUAUAAUAGCACGUGGUAUUUAAAGACUAAUGAAUGGAAAAAGACGAGAAACUCAACUAAUUUGGAGACUGUUUCUUAUAUAUGGUACUAGGAAAUACCUUGCUGGCAAAGCACAUCUUGGGUAGCUGAGGUCUCCCAUGUUUGUCUUCAAUGUUUUUGUGAUGUGAACUGAUAACUGUAACAUUUCCUGUGUAAAAUAACUGGAUACUCUUCAUCUGAUGGAAAUAACCUGGGAAUCCAAUCCUUCACUAAGUGUUUUAACUUUUGUGUGUAUAUAUAUAUAUAUAUAUAUCAUCAAUAAAUGUGGAUUCCAGUUUC